AUGGCAUCAAGUUCUCAAGCUUCAAGUACUGAGUUGGCUAGUACCUCAAUCUUAAACAUUACGAAUCCGAGGACAGAUCGACCGAUAGGAGGAUUAACCCCAACACAAAACGCAAGCACCGAUAUAAAGUCUGGUGAUAUGAGUACAUCGCUAUUUGUGGGAGUCGUCGCUGCCUCGAUCAUCGCUAUCUUGGCCAUUUUCAUCCUGAUUUGCAUUCGACGUCUCCGAUACACAUUAGAGCUGCCAACAUCUACCAAUUGUUCGGCGUUCCAAGAGGCAAUCUCAUUGACGCCAUUCGACCACCCAUCCAGUCCGGUCGAAGUCAGCUCUACGUCGACAUGCACAAGCACCCCACAACCUUCGCUCAGGCAGGCAUCCAAGCCAUCACGACUGUCUACAAAAGAUGUCGUUGAUUCGCCUAUUGCUGAAAAUGAACCAGUGAGUAAGACAUUGCCGACUGGAAGGAGUACCCAGCCUUUUCGAACGACAAGUGUAGUCAGUGGUGGAUCCCGUUUUUCGACGUCGUUCUUAAUGCGAGGUAAAGUGCGUUCAUCGCUACCAUACCUUGCACCAUUUCGAUUUUCACGUGCAAGUCGGGACGACAGAACAAGUAUUGAAAACGACCUUUGCGCAAUGCGGUCAUCUGGAUUGACUCAAAUCACACACUCACGUAAAGUUAGUGUCUGGACUCCAGUUGAGCACCAAAACGCUGAAGAUGGUGUGUGGGGAGAAUUGUCGGAUACGAAUUGGUCUAUUGGUCUAGACAGUGACAGUGAGACUGAAACUGAAUGGUUUACGGUGCCUAUUGGAUUCAACACAAGUAAUGAAGCGUUUGUUUUGAACCAGAAUCAGCUUUCUACGUUCUCAGACACAGACAAAAGUGCGGAGGAACAGGAUCUUGACAUUGAUCCCCUCGAUCAUUCUUCUCGUCGACGAGAGUCUGAAAAUAUGAGCACAAUGCUCACUUUUUCUCCUCAACGUGAGCAAGACAUUAGCGCAAUCGUUGAUUCAUCUCCUCGACAAGUACGUGGUCUUAGUGCUCUUGAUGGCCGAUGGAAGGCCAAUCUAAGUGAUGAAAUCAACACAAGUAUGUCCGAGCCUUAUUCGUUCUCGAGUGAUUCAUUCUAUAGUGGUGCAUGCAGUUUAAUCUCUUUUGAUAGCGAUUACGAGAGUGAUAGUGAUGACAACAUGCAGGAGGAGGAAUUCUAG